UUCACAACUGAUCACGCUUGAUCGAUUGCAAACAAUCACCAUAAACAGCGCAUUAAAAGCCGUACACCAGCGGCAAUUAUACGCAUGUACCGUUAUAACUUACCGCUCCUCGUCACGGUCAACUACUGUGUAUACCGCCGUAUCAGCCGACGCGCCGAUGAUCUUGAGUUGCACGCCGACGUGCAACACUGUCUUUCGCGUUUUUCUUCCAACGUUACCCUCCGGAUAACGCGGAUAUUAAUGACCACACAUUGAAUUGUUUUCACAUAACUGUACCAAAUCAUUUGUUCUGUGCGGAGGGAAUUUUCGCCCAUUAACGUUUUAGCUUUUGGCUUCUCAUGUUGUAUGAUACUUCAUCAUUUUGAUGAUCAUAGAACGGAGUUGCUUGUUUUCGUUGCAAAUAUGUUCAAUGGAAAUUUAACUGCAAAAUUUUAUUGCUUUGCCGGGAAUAUGUUAUUCCAUUACGCUAAAAAGUCAGCAAUCGACUAUUAUUUGAGCACUCCAUCGGAAUAAGCCGACCAAACAGCCAAUUUCAUCAGGAUAAUGCAAGAGAAUGUGGAUCGAUCGCGGUCUGUUGACCGCUACCACUCGGAUCAACGCCUAAAUUUUCGCCGUUUGCCUCAAGCCAAUGGAAGACAAGAAAGUGUAACAGUGAUUCAAGUACCACCAAAGCAGUACAGGACCGGACGAUCGCUGGUGGCUAACCGGGACAUGAACAGAGACAGGACAUCACGCUGGAGAUCACCAUCUCUGAAUACGCGUCUCCUCCAAAAUUUUUACGGUUUUGUGACGAACAUUUUUGAACGUGGAAACGGCGUAAAAAAGCGUCAGCUGGCUGAACAGUUGUUAUGGACAGCCGCGCGUAAAAACGAGACAGAAAUAUUUGUUGACAUCAUGAAAAAACUGAUGGAAAAUGGAUACGACAUUAACGCCCCUAAUGAAUGGGGAUGGAAUUUAGUGGACGAAGCGGUUAUGCUCGGACAUGCGGAAAUCGCCGCGGAUUUAUUCAAGAACGGCGGUAAGGAGACGGAGUGGCUGUGUGAGUCCAAACAGCGUCGACAAGAAGUUCUGCGCAAAGCACUUCGCCGUCUUGAGGCCAUUCAAGUGCCCUCUCGAAUUCGUGAGCAUAGUGCCGACACCAGACAGCUGGUCGCCGAUGUGGCCGUCGGGCCAACCAUGGCCGUGUUGCAGAAGAUGAUGCAAAAUGUAGAGCGAACUAGACCCCCAAGGAAUUAUCUGGACCGGGUUAUUGUUGAACCUUGUGGAGACUGCUCGGUUGCUGUUUCAUAUGAGCCACGAUCGAUUCCCCCUGGAAUUAUAUCCAGAUUUAAGGUGGAGUGGUCCCGCGACAAGUCGUUCAAAGGGAUUGUGGAUUACCAAAUUUUUUCUAACUUAAUGAAUCCUGAACGUCUGAUAAUAUCGGAGCUGGACUGCGGCAUCGAGUAUCACAUCCGGCUAUCCGUUGCUAAUUUAUCAGGUUUUGGAAUUCCACUAAACGCAACGCCAUCUUCUGUGGUCAUAACAUCCUGGAGGGAUGUAGAUGGACAAAGGACACGACUGGACACUACCACUGUUCACAACUUGGAGAAGAUUUUGCAGAAUAUCAGAACGAUUACAAAGUAUAUGCUGAACGAUCCGGAGCGCCGACACACUCGGACACCGGAGAAACGUCAACAUUUACACCGAGCCGUGCAGCGCAGGGCUAGCUUAAAAGAUAGUAUUCGCGAUCUCAUUCGACCUCAUAUUCGGCCGGCUAAUGCGGAAGACGAAGGCGGGAUGUUUCUGUCGUGUAUGGUGAUUGCGGACGAUUCGAUACUUUUGACCAAUGAGUACACACUACCGUCGGUGGUCGUGCAUUCUCCAUUUAUUGGCUCCAUUAGCUCAAAGGAUUACUUGUGGUUUCAAAAGUUAACAACUUGCUGGGAUGCUGUCGCCGAAAUAAAGGAGCUUCUGCACUCCUCCAAGGAUUCAUCGUCUGAUUUACGGUACCGCAUUGUCCGAGCUGUUUCUAAUCUACAGAACCUGCUGACGAUGCCGAAUCUAGGAAUAGCCUAUUACCGACCGUUAAGGGAUAAGCAGUUUACCUCCUGCAUUUUGUUGUUAAUACAAAAGGUCAACAAAUCGGAUGUUGGCAAAUUGUCGGGGUUUCAAUGGAAAUCACUGAAGGAGGCCGACAUAAUGGCCAUUGGCCACUCCCAUCCGAUCAUGUCAGCUAUUUCCACGGCAAGCACUGCGGAAAUAUAUUCCUGGUAUCAUGAUAUGCACAAAGCCCUUCCUCCUGGACUGCAUAUGGCAUACGCCGAAUUGAGCCUUAACUUAGACAGUAUUGCAGUAGUCACCGCGAAACAGUGGCCAAAUAUCCUUCCUUCAGCAAAGAUACGUUCCAACGCUUACAUUUCUAGUGAUGAGUGGUAUUUCAUAACCCGGAAGGUAACCGGUGCGCCGAAACGUGUGCGUUACUUGGAGAGCCUACUUCAAGACAGUUGGCAGGCACUGAAGUCCAGCUUAUCAUUACGCAGUGUAGAGGAGUUGUUUCUCUUUCCGGAAGUGAUCGAACUCGGACCGGAAACCUCGAUACUAGUUGUUUAUGGGGAGAAACGAGGCUUGUCGUCUCAUCAGUCACUGGAUGAAGAAUUACGGAAAAACUGUAGUCUUGUCCCUGUUCAAAUAUUUGAAGCCGGGUUUCAUUUUCGCUAUCGAACGCUGGCCUGGUCAACGUAUGCGCAGUCUUCUGUUAUUCUCGAAGGUUUGGUUGUUCAUCUACAGCAAUUACUGCGCCAGGAACUGGAAACCAAUGAAGAAGAGGAAACAGGUGCACUGCUUCAUAAAGUGCAGUUACUACAAGAACGGCUGGAGAGUAUUUGGGGAGAAACACGCUGGAUGCCGAGCUUGAUCCGCACCAUGACACGUGACCGCUCGCCUGCAGGACGGAUCUCACUGUUCAGCCCACUGCAGCCGCAGAAACCACCGCGCAAGAAAAAUCAACGACCGAAUGACAACAAUCAGCCUGUGAUUUACAAUGAUGACAAAUCGGUCAGUAUAAUUAUCGGUACUGCCAACUUCCGGGACCUGGAAUCGCAGAACGAAUUGCUUCAUGAACUUGUAAAGAAAAAUGUCAAGAGCACGGAGGUCGACCUCGAAGAUCUCACUACCGCUGCAGAUUCGCUGGUGCAAGUACUGUACUCACAAUCAGCCGCUCGUACGUCGCCGCAUAUCUUACCAGCGCGCCUUCUUUCCCAGUUUUGCUUGUACAAUAAACAAACAAGCAUGGAUACAUUACAAGACAGUGUCCGGCAAGCUUGUGCACGCCCAAGAGAACAGCAAGAAUGGAAUAAUCAAUCUGGGACUUUUACCUUCGUUCGAGCAACCUAUUCAGACGGCAAAGACUGCAAUUAUGCGCCCAGAAUUCGGCUCCGCGGUUACGUUAUCAUGUAUAUCGCAUUAUCCGAGUGAGAAAAAUAGUACCGAAAAAUAUCCGAGAUGGGAUCAUUCUGUCUUGGGAAACCUUAAUGAAGUAGUUUCUCCUGUCUGCGGUUUAACAGACUGCUAUGGCUGUCGUUGCAAACGUGCUGUCGACCUCGGACCCUAUUACUGGAAAAUCAACACCGAGACACUGAAGUCCGCGUCGCAACCGAUCCGGUUGGUGUCAACAUUACAUAUAGCAGAAGCUACUCAGUUCUUCGCCGGUAAAUACACUUGCACGGAAAGGACCCCUAACAACGUUUCGUCUAUCACUACACGAAUUCUGAUGAGCCCUCUUUAUCAGCCGAAGGAUGUUUUUGUUCCUGCAAUGCAAAAUGUCACCGUACUCAAAGGUCAAGCAGCCGAGUUUCGCUGUUACACACAGUUCGAACUGUUUAAAGGAACACACAAAGAUUAUAGCAAUCGGUUCAUCUGGUACCAUGAGAAGGGCAUCCUCUAUGCCCCCAACACACAUCCACUUAGCGUCCUUGAAAUUGACGCUGAAACACUGGACAGUGGUUACAAAGUUAAUGGGAAUUUAUCCGAAAACGGAACAUGCUCGUGUUAUUCAACCCUGACCAUUAAAAGCGCAUCGCAAAUUUCGGCUGGGCGUAUUGAAUGCUGGUUUCAGAUUGAUCCGUUUUUGGAUGAAUGGCUCAUUCAGUCUGCUCAUCUUAUUAUCCACAAUGAAUACUGAUAUUUUAUCAUGCGCAGUAUCGCAUUAAUUUAGGGCAAUUAUUUUAUUCGCACUUAGGAAAUGGAAUAAGUUGCCUUGCAAUGUUAUUAGGGAACAUCCAUAACCUGCGUACGACUGCAGUAGACAUGAUGAGUGGAUAAUAAUCAAACGCGGUGCUCUUGACUAAACAAUAAAAGAAAACGCUGAAAUCGGGCAGCAAAAUUCCCGCAGACAUGGUAGGAAAUCAUGGCAAACUACCAGGAGGGAACCGCGCAGGUUAGAGGAACAAGAAAUUCAAACAAGAAAACCGAACAGUGAAAGCAUAGAUAUAUCUCCCAAUUUGACAAAGAAUUGCUGACUGCUCCUGCAUUUAUGUCACGCUGCUGCAAAAGAAUAUUGUUUUGCAUCUGGACCUCCAGACUCGACACUCGCAGUCUCCACACUUUGGUGCGAAAGCUUUUCAUUUCGAUUAAGUGCUGUCGUAAGAUGUAACUAUUACCAAGGUUAAAUCGAUCUCGCGCCCCGUGUCGGGAUGUCUCAACGAACCAGUGACACGUCUAACCUAUACCGAAAGCGCAAGAGUAUGAGGCGUACAAGCAUGCAAAAUAUAGAGUCCGUUCUAUUCGACUCACAACCCAAGGCUGACGACCGGAAAACGGUUCGUUCUGAUGCGGAUGGAUAUACACCAUCACUCGCUCAAGUUCCAUUCGACACAGUGGCGCCAAAGGCCGUUUAUGAACGAGAAAGCGAUUAGAAAAGUGGUCAGGGACGAGCGAGUUUACUUAACGAAGCCGAACUCCAAAAAUAUUAUGUGAAAGAUCCUGAACCUAUCUGUCAGUGCGGUGCUGGACCAG